AUGGCCAACCACUAUCUCGCAUGGAGGCAACUCUGUCUCCUUCUUCCUAUGGCAAGUAUUGUUCGUGGCCUCUCUAUCGAAAGCCCAACAGUCUCGCCUACCUGCCGCUGCAUGCCACAAGAAUCCUGCUGGCCUAAAGACCAUCUAUGGGCGCGAUUUAAUGAAACAGUGGAUGGCAAGUUGAUCGCGACAGUCCCGAUCGCCAGCGUAUGUCACAUCGACUCGUUCACCACCUACAAUGAAUCGCAAUGCGCACAACUCCAGUCCAACUGGGGCUUCCCAGCUACACACUAUGAAAGUCCCUCGUCAGCUAUGGCCCCCAUCUUCACGAAUUUAAGCUGCAAUCCCUUCUCAUCGAAGGCUUCACCUUGCACGAUCGGCAACUACGUUCAGUACACUGUGAACGCGACAACCGCCGCACAUGUCCAGAGAACCAUUCAUUUCGCAGCUCGUCACAACAUCCGCCUUGUCAUCCGCAAUACAGGACACGACCUGUUUGGGAAGUCCACUGGAGCCGGAGGACUGGCGAUCUGGAUGCACAACAUGAAAGAGAUUUCCAUCGUGGACUACGACUCGACACACUAUUCCGGCAAGGCGAUAAAGGUGGGAGCUGGUGUUCAAUCCUUUGAAGGCAGCGAUGCGGCUCAUGAAGCUGGGCUUGUUAUCGUGAGCGGCAGCUGUCCAACGAUCGGGCUUGCUGGGGGAUAUUCGCAAGGCGGCGGACAUAGCCAACUGGCGUCCCAUGUGGGCCUGGCCGCUGAUCAGGUCCUGGAAUGGGAGGUCGUUCUCGCAAAUGGGGAUCUGGUAAACGCGUCGCCAAUAGAAUAUCCUGAUCUCUACUGGGCGCUGUCGGGUGGAGGUGGAGGGACUUACGGCGUUGUUGUGUCAAUGACGAGCAAGGCUUACCCCGAGCUGCCGACGGCAUCGGGUAACCUUUCAUUCACCGAUACGGGUAUAUCGCGAGAUACAUUCUUUGCAGCGGUCGAGAUUUUCACAUCGAUUCUUCCCUCGAUUGGGGAUGUUGGGGGUGCGGGUGUUUGGUGGCUAACUAACACGACCCUGGUAACAACGCCUACUACCAUUCCGGGUGGCACAGCGACACUUUUCAAUUCUCUUUUUAGUCCGUUGAUCUUAUUCCUUGAAAGAAACAAGAUCCAGCACACAUAUUACGUUGACGAUUUCCCAACGUACUACGACGCAUUUCAGAUGAUGAGCCCACCAGACAAUAUAACUGAUCAACUGCUUGGUGGUCGACUGAUUCCAAGGUCUACAGUCGACCAGAAUCUGGCGGAUCUAACCAUCACGUUCCGUAAUAUUGUCGAAAGAAACGCCGGAUUUCUCAUUUCAGGAAUCAUGGUCAACUCGUCUCGGGUUGCAUAUCCUGACAACAGUAUUAGCCCAGCCUGGCGAGGCGCGCUGAUGAACGUUGUAAUUGGAGCGACGUUCGACUACACUGACUGGGAUAGCAAUAUCGCUAGCCAACAGCUCAUUACUGAUGUUCUUAUGCCCCAGCUGGAAGAGUUAACACCUGGAAGCGGCGCAUAUUUGAAUGAAGCUGAUCCAAACCAGAUGGAUUGGCAACAGGCGUUUUAUGGGAAGAAUUAUGACAAUUUACUAGGGAUUAAGAGCAAAUAUGAUCCUGACAACAGGAUCUUCGCUUUUAAGGCUGUGGGUAGUGAGGCUUGGACAGUGACUGAGGAUGGGCGCUUGUGUAGGUCGCAAGGUUAG